AUGACACGCAAAACGUCUCUUCCAUAUCCUACCAGUCCCCCACCUCAGCCUCCAUCGUCGAGUUGUGUCUCUGAAACACAAUCCAACCUAGUACCGGACUCGGCCGAUCUCCCUCCCCUCCCUGCCUCCUCCCAAAGGAGCCCGAUUGCAGCAGGCACUUCUGGUUUUCAGGACGCAGAGAAUCCAUGGUCCGAUCUGCCCACAAAAGACCAAUCAUCCACUCGACCGGUGCCCGAUGUUCUCAGACCGGGGCGGCCUCACCCACCGGCUGGGACUGGCACCAACUCGCAGAGUCAUGGCCUUUCGAAUGUACCCCAGGUUUUAAGAGCAGGUCGGUCGCAGGAAGAUACCCCUCGGUCCUCGCUGGACAGUCAACGUUCCAAAGAUUUCUGGGAUGACUCAGAUGAGGAAGACGGUCGAGGCAAGAGUCCCAAAAGAGGACAAAUUGCCCUUCCAGAUAACGAUCUCCAUGCCGACCCGUGGGUUGAUGUAGAGCCGUCAGAUCAGUCUGCUGGGAUCAAGAGGAAACCGGUAGGGUGGGGAUCGUCACCUGUACAGUCGAGACCGGAUGCACCCACCACUUCGACUUUCGCUUCAAAUAAUCCGUUUCGACGCCCCUCGGACUUUACCUCAGGAGAUGAACGAUUAGGAAUCUCAGAUCAGGAUCAGGAUAGUCCUGAGUUAGCGGGAAAGGCCAAAGAGUCGAAUCGAGGGCGUGCCAUACCCCCCACUGAUCGUUUCCAUGGCUUGAGCGUCGAAAGCGGCACGACACCCGGCCUGUCAUCCUACAACACCAAGAAGGACGUGCAGGCAGCAGCAGUUCCAUGGGGAACUGAGCAUCAGACGGUAGCCCCUCCAAUGCCCCAAGCUCCUCCUCCACCACCCCCGCCGGCAGAACCUCGAUCUCCUUUCAGCGAACAGCCACCGCUCAUGCCCGUAUCUCCGCAUCAUGAUCCAGUCGAAAACCCUUGGGCUUCCAAUGUCAACCUUGCUCCGCCCACUCCGUCCCCGAUUCCCUUCUCUCCGUCUCAAAGGCAAGUCUCCCAUUAUACCAACGAUCUGUUGGUCCGUGGACCGCAAAGGGGAGUUGUGUCCCUCAAGGAUGAACUAGAGACACUCCCAAAUGCCGCUCCGGCAAGUACGGCAGCAUACCAUGAGCCUUCACUCCUAGAAGAUGACGAGGCUCGGCCUCCUCUUCCCAUCAGACAGGUACCUCGCGCGGAAACGGAGUAUUUCGAUCCUCCCGAAGGACCACCUCCACCCAAGCCACUCCGGCCGACGGUACGCACCACCAUCCCAUCAGAUGAAGACGUCGCAAAGAUGAUUGAGCAAAGAAACGAAACAUAUCAGAUCAAACAUUUCAACUGGUUCGACCACGGCUCCCGAAAACUGAGGAGAUCUUCGAUGUUAACCCAGAACAAGAACGGCCCGUGUCCUCUUCUCGCGUUGGUCAAUGCAUUGAUCUUGGGAGCGAAACACGAAUCCCAGGCGGCACUAGACGAGGCGCUGCGGACGCGCGAGCAGGUGUCGCUCGGUCUCAUCAUCGAAACCUUGAUGGAUGAACUCCUGUCGAGAGGAUUUGAUGCCAUAGGAGAAGUCAUGCCCGAUGUGGACGAACUCAACCAUUUCUUGAUGCGCUUGCGGACGGGGAUGAAUGCCAACCCCAGGUUUGUGCCGCCUGUUUCACCGGCGCCCAAUUUGAUGGAUGCCGACGACUCGAUGUUGAAUAUGCCGCAACAGCACCGAGCGAAACAAAAACUAGGGACGUUUGAGGCUACCCCCGACAUGAAACUCUACGGAGCUUUCCAAGUCCCCUUGGUCCACGGCUGGCUUCCCGAGCCAGGAUCGGAAGCUGCCCGGGCGUUUGCCCGAUCUGCCCAAACCUACGAAGAUGCCCAGGCGCUCCAGUUUGGGGAGGAGGAGUUGGAAUACAAGCUCACGACUCAGGGGCUGACGCCCGCCGAACAAAACAUGUGGGAGGAUAUCAUCGCAAUCAAAAAUUUCCUCAAAACAUACCCCACGCAACUCACUCCUUUCGGUCUUGAAGCGGUACAGGGCUCGAUCCCAUCAGGCUCGUUUGCCAUCAUGUUCCGCAAUGAUCACUUUAGCACGAUCUACAAGCACCCUGAAAGUGGGCAAAUCUUCACCUUGAUCACGGAUGCCGGGUACGCAGAUCGGGAUGAAAUCAUUUGGGAAAGCUUGGUCGACAUCAGCGGCAAACGUAACGAGUUCUUCUCGGGCGAUUUUAUGCCCGUGAGCCAUGAUAAUGUUGGAGAUGAGGCAUCGACCCAUCCGGCGGCUCGACGGUCGUCGCAGCUUUUGACCGUCAACAAUGCCCCGCCCGCGACGCCACUUUCUCCACAAGAACAGCAGGAACAACACGAUGCGGACUUUGCCAUGGCACUACAAUUGCAAGAAGAAGAGGAACAACGACAACGGGCGGACCGCAAUCGGCGACACGGGAGCCAUAGCGGCACGAGCGGCACGAGCAGCACGCAGCAGAGAAGAUCACAAUCGGGGAAUAUCCCGAUACCUCUGCGUUCCACACAUCCGCCAGAAGUACGACCGCCGAUCCCGCCCCGCGUCUCUCACGCCCCGACUCCUGCUGUCCAUCGCCCCUCGGACGCCCUGGUCGAAGACGCGCCUCCUGCUUAUGAGGAAGCCGCAAAGGGCAGACCAUACAUUCCGCCACUGGGCAGCCCGCUGCAUCCCUCGGCGGAACCGUCUCCUAUGAACUCGAACACACAGCUGACAGGUACCAUUAGUAACAUCAGCACCCACUCGGCGUCGGGCAUGGCUGACAAUUCCUAUCAUCCACCAGGCCCGAAUGCGGGCAGGAGAGAUCCAAGACGUAGGUUGAGUGCAUACAAUGAGACGUCUCAGUAUUAUACCAGCUCGCCUCAACGGUUGCAACCGCAGCAAGCAGUCCCAGGCCCGUCUGGCAGGGCGGGAAGGCAUGGGCAGGAUCGGGACUGUGUCGUUAUGUGA